CCUCUGAAUUUUUCUUUCUCAACGCCAUGGAUGAUGCAGGCCAGUUGCUCCUCCACGCUGCACACUAGCCGCACCAACCCAGCUGCCACCGGCCGCCGCCGCCGCCGCCGCGUGCCAAGCGAGCUCACCAUUAUAAAACCAACUUGCCUCUCGGUUUCGUCAGGUCACUGUCUCGCAGCUAAACCACCGGCGCGCUCUGCAUCAUUAACUCCCCUUGUCCCACUAACCCAACCAUGAUUUGCCUCAAAGCCUUCUCAUCCCCUCUCCACCUCCCGACCCUCCGCCGCCUCGCCCCCUCCUCCUCCCUCCGCGUCGCCGCCUCCGCCGCCGCCAUGUCCUCCUCCUCCUCCGCGGUCGCCGCCCCGGUCGAGCACAUCGUGCUCCUCAAGGCCCGCCCGGAGGCGGUCGCCUCGGGCGCCGCCGCGGCGAUGGUCGCCUCGCUGCAGGCGCUCGCCACGCAGGUCCCGGGCCUGGCCUACAUCCACGCGGGCCCGGUCCUCCGCCUCCGCUCCCCGGCCGCCGAGGCGCUGGGCACCACGCACCUCCUCCACUCCCGCUACGCCACCAAGCAGGACCUGGCGACCUACGCGGCGCACCCGGCGCACGUGGCCGCCGUGCAGGGGCACGUGCUCCCCAACGCGCUCGACAUCACCGCCAUCGACUGGGUCAACGCCGCGGAGCUCCCGUCCCCCGUGAGCCCCGGCAGCGCCGUGCGGCUCACGCUCGCGAAAGCGAAGGAGGGCGUGGAGGUCUCGCAGCUCGUGGAGAAGGUGGCCGCGGCGACGAAGGCCGCCGGGGAGGCCAAGGUGAGCUUCGGGGAGAACUUCUCCCCCGCGCGGGCCAAGGGGUACCAGUUCGGGAUGGUGGCAGUGUUCGACAGCGUGGAGGAGCUCGACGCGGUGGAAGGGGACGGCAAGGUCGAGGAGGCCAAGGCCGCGGUCAGGCCGCUGCUCGACGAGGUCCUGGUCCUGGACUUCGUUGCCGGGCCUGCUGCCGGCGAGGCUCCAACGCCGGCGAGCCUCUGAGAGAUUUCAGGAACAAUAGGUAAUGGGGUGAUCAUACUCCCUCCGUCCUAAUAUACAAGGUUAUACAAGGUGUAACCACUUUUUUUACUCAAUGUUGUUUCUUGGUCUUUGAACCAGAGAUGAUAACGCCUUAUAUAUGGAAAUGGAGGGAGUAUCAAUUUUCUCUUGAUUCUUCGGGAGAAUCCAGUAUAUUGUGCAAAGUAAACCGAGUGAAUCAAUGACAUAGCUGAAAAACCAUAACAUUACAAGUAAUCUCUAGUACAAGUACGCUCUGCCCGUUCGAUAAUUAUGUUGUACCAUGCCAUUUCAUUUGAGUGUGUGCUGUCUACUGUCUACUGUAUAUGUAUCCAUGGAAAGUAAAUCACCAUUUGAAACCUAGAAGCUUUGUUACAA